ACGCCAGGCACCACAACAGAUGGAGCUGUGCCCCCCUCCGGCGCCGAAGUCAGUCAAGUUGAGUCCAGCAGUAUCACAGGAACGAGGAAGUGCGAUCAUCCCAGAUUCAGCGCAUAACACGGCGGUGAACGAGCGCAGACAUGUCAACAUCUGCCGCACAGUCAGCCGAGCUGAGGCUGGUGGUGCUGGGCCGGACCGGGGCCGGAAAAAGAUCGGCCGUCAGCAGCAUUCUGGGCCUGCACGAGCCUCCUCAACAGGGCGCAGAUGCUGCCGCCGUGCAGGAGUGCAGCAAACACCGAGGAGAGGCUGCAGGUAGACAGGUGGCGGUCGUCUCCAGUCCGGCCUGGUUUGGCUCAGGCUGCGACCCCGAGGAAAGGAGGAGACACACAUCCUCCUUCAUCGCCUUGUCCAGCCCCGGGCCGCAUGUCUUCCUGCUGUGUGUCCCUGUGAACCAGCCAGCCGACGGAGAGGCCAAUGCGCUGGACGUCCUGGAGAAGCUAUUCGGCCCUUCUGCAGUCAGCGCAAACACCAUUGUGCUCUUCACCCACACCGAGGAGCUGGAGGAGGACGAGCAGCUGGAGGCGUACCUCGCCACGUGGCGCAAGGACCUCCGGGAGCUGGUGGAAAGAUGCGGUGAACGCUACCACACACUGGAGACCCGCAGUGGAGAAGCAGAGGAGGGGAACGCCGUUGAGGAGCUGCUGGAGAAGGUCGAGCAGGCGGUGAGUGUGAGCGGGACGCAACACUGCAGCUGUCCUCUGUACCAGGAGGCUGAGGAAAGAGUGAGAGAGAGGCAGGUAGAGAUCGUGAGACGGAGGAGAGGAGGGGACCAGGUGGCUCCCACGGACUCACGACCGGAGGAAAACGUCACAGAAGAAGAAAUGGAGGCGGUCCGGGAAGAGGCAGAGAGGAGCGUAGGUGACUUGGAUGUGGAUGUGGAUAGUAUUUUCCCCUCGUCACCUGCCUCCUCUGCUCCCUCUUUUCUCUGGGGCUUGUGGGAGAAGCUGACAGGCUGGAUGAGGUGGCUGCCCAAAAUGCUGAGAAGGGAGGCCCUGCUGGGAGCACUGGUCGGCCUGUUUGUGGGAGGGCCGUACGGGGGCAUCAUGGGAGCCACUGUAGGAUCAGUGGCUACGGAGGUGGGGAGAAGAAGAACACAGAAAAGUAAAUGAGAGGUCAUCUCAUGUUAAUGUGUCAUGCAUUAAGUUGCACCUUAAAGUCACUUCACUGUGUUCGGCACACCAUUGUAUUACUGAGCUUUUUGGUUCACCAGCUGGCACCUGCCAAAUAAUAUUUAUGCUUGACCACUGAGCACCAGUGCUUAUAUUUUCUAUUGCAGAAGGGAUACAAUUCUCUAAUCAAGCAUACUGUAUUAUCAUAUAUCAUAUCAUAUGGCUUUAUUCAUGAUUAAUAAGUCAUGCUUCACAGAUCAGUAAUAACCAAUUAAUGGGAACAAUGCUUACCAGUUUGGAAACGUCCCUUUGGCUAGUGUUCAUCUUCCUCUAGUAUAUCUUGCUUUGUCAUUUUUCAUUAGCUCAGUUAUUCAUCUUGAUGACUUAACUUACUCAGUGACUGAAGUUAUAAAUGUAAAUGAUAAAUAAAGUUGUCUUCCACGACUGUUCAAAAACGUC